UUGGCGUCGGCCCGCACCCAGCACACCCAGUGCCGGCUCGUCCCACCCGCAGUCCUCACAUCGCCGUCGUUCCGUCCGUUCCGCCCCGGGCCUUCCGAGGUCCCGAGGCCCUCUCACGGACCGCCGCCCGCACCGCACCAUGGCCACGCUCAGGAGAGCGAGCUUGUUCCUUGUGGGAAGGCCAGGAUGCCACCGGCAUGGCUCUUCCCUUCCAAAAAUGCCCGCUUGUUCGCACGUCCCGAAGCCGUACACGGGCCUAAACUACGACGAGAUGAGCGCCGUGCGGGAGAAGCACCUGGUGCCGUGCCUCAAGUCAUACUACAAGAAGCCCCUGCUCAUCCACGAGGGCCACAUGCAGUGGCUGUUUGACCAGACGGGGCGACGCUACCUCGACCUCUUCGGCGGCAUCGUCACAGUUAGUGUGGGACACUGCCACCCGAAAGUGACUGCGGCGGCCACAGCGCAGAUGAACACCCUCUGGCACACCACCAACAUCUACAUGCACCCUAAGAUCCACGAGUACGCGCAAAGGCUCGCUGAUAAAAUGCCAGGGGAUCUCAAGGUCGUGUACUUCGUCAACAGCGGCUCGGAAGCCAACGACUUGGCCAUGCUGCUCGCCCGCUUGUACACGAAGCAGUUCGACCUCAUCUCGUUCCGCAACGGCUACCACGGCAUGAGCCCCUACGUGAUGGGCAUCACGGCGCAGUCCACGUGGAGGUUCGACGUACCCGUUGCGCAGGGCGUGCACCACGCGAUGAACCCCGACCCGUACCAGGGCCUGUGGGGCGGGAAACACUGCAGGGACUCCCCCGUGCAGACGACUCGCGACUGCGCGUGUGCGCCGGACGAGUGCGAGGCGGCAAACAAGUACUACGAACAGCUGGAGGAGGUGUUCAAGUACUCCCUCCCUCGCGGCAAGGUGGCGGGGCUGUUCGCAGAGUCCAUUCAGGGGGUCGGAGGUACGGUCCAGUUCCCCAAGGGCUUCCUCAAGAAGGCGUACGAGCUCGUCAGAAUUAACGGAGGCGUCUGCAUCGCCGAUGAGGUGCAGACUGGUUUCGGCCGAACCGGCGAACAUUUCUGGGGGUUCGAGGGCCACGGCGUGCGACCGGACAUCGUGACCAUGGCUAAGGGUAUGGGCAACGGUUUCCCGCUCGCCGCUGUGGUCACGACCCCUGCCAUCGCAGAGGCUCUGGGCCAGGCCCUGCACUUCAACACUUUCGGUGGGAACCCUGUGGCCUGCGCCGUGGGCCUCUCCGUGCUCGACGUCAUCCAGGAGGAGCGCACACAGGAAAAUUGCAAGGUGGUAGGCACCUACUUUCUACAGGAGCUGUCAAAGCUUCGCGACCAGUUCUCUUGUGUGGGUGACGUACGAGGCAAGGGGCUGAUGAUCGGCAUUGAAAUGGUCAGCGACCGCGCAACCAAGGCACCCAUGAACAACAAGCACUUUAUGGAUGUCUGGGAAGACUGCAAGAAUAUGGGGGUGCUCAUCGGAAGGGGCGCGCUCAAUGGCAAUGUUUUAAGGAUAAAGCCCCCCAUGUGUAUCAACAAGGAAGAUGUGGACUAUUCCAUAGCAGUGCUUCGCAAAGCACUGCAGACCCACACAGAAAAAGCUAAGCGUCAAGCUAGUUGAAAAAACAUGGACCUCCAAAUCAAAUUGGUACACAACAUGACAUGUCAGAGAAGAAAUGGAAGAGAUAUGCUUAAGCAAAAAUUAAAUCUGACCAAAAUAACAAAUAAAGAUUUAUAUAUACUUUUGAUACAUCUGAAGGGCUACAACAAGAACCGAACAAAUUAACAUAAAUUCAUUAAUUGUAAAUAAUGUUUUAAAAUAUACAGCUAUUCACAAA